CGAUAAUUAUUUUUCUAUUGAAGAGCAGGUUCGUAUUUUGAACUUAUAUACGCAAAGUUAGAAACUUUUGGCCUUUCAGGUUCAAUAACUAUCAGAUUAAAUCUAAAUGCAUAAAGAAUAAAUUAACAAAUAUUCCUAAUUGGUUGGGGACUUUCUGCAAUAAUUAUAAAACAUAAUGCCUCUUAACAAUGAAAAGUUAAAAAAGAAAUCAAUUAAACAUUAAUGGAUUAAAUUAUAUAUUAACAAAUUUAAAAUGCAAUGUUGGAUUCAUGAAGAUUAUUGCACAUACUUAACUUAUAAUAAAAUUUCUAUUACAAAUUCAAAUAUAAAUAAGCUAAUUUUAGAGGAUGAGUGUAGCAAUUUUGAAGAAAAGACUACAGAUUACAUUAUUUUAAUAAAUGAGUUAUUUGCAAAAAAAAUGUUAGAUGACCAUCAAAAUAUUCAAUAAAAAAUACAAAUGGAUAUAGAUAAUCUUCAACUCUUUGAAAUAAUAGAGAGAAUAAGUGAUUCAAAAGAAAUUUUAACAUAGGAAGAGAUCGAAUAAAUUUAUCUUAAUUUUAAUAAAUACAAGUUAGAUAUAAUAGAAAAAUAGUAUUAAAAUGUCUAAGCUUUUAUUUAAACACACUACACAGAUUUUUUACAGCAAUCUGUAAUACAGUAGCCCUAAUACCCUUAAGAAUUAAGGUAUGAAAACUAUGGUAAUAAUUUGGAAAUAUUAAAAUCUAUUGAAAAGUACAUCAAAAUACAAGAAACAGAUGAAACUAAACUGCAUAAUCUUCAAAGAGGACUCUACCAUUUGCGCUUAAAAAAGGGGAAGAAGAUGUUUAUCAUUCUCGAAAUUACAUCAAAGAAAAAAUAAAAUGCAUAUAUUAUUAACUACUUCCAACAUUAUAAAGAGGCAUCUCAAAUCAUUCAUAAACUUCAAAAUAAUUUUAAUUGUUACUAUAUAAGAACAAUAAAAUUGCAAAAGGCUUAAGAGGCUUAUUUAAUUUGUAAACACCUAAAAUUGAAAAAUGAAUUUUAGUAAAAAUAGAAUUAAAUCAUAGAAAUAUAUCGAGCAGAGAGUUUCUAAUAAAUUAAUCUUGAAAUAGAGAAUAUAAUGAAAUUUAUUUUCUAAACUUAGCAAAUGAUCAGAAAUUUUAUGUCAAAAAUAAUUAACAAUUCAAAAGAUGUAAACUAAAUAUAUACAUUAAAUUUUGUAAAGAGUUUGAGGGAGAAAAAAGCGCUUGAGAUUACACUCAUAGAAAGAAUUUAAUUUAAUUAAAACAUUAAGUCCAUAUAGUAUUAACCAUCAAUGCUAGGGGCCAUUUUGGAAGACUAAAAUAAAAUUACAUAAGGAGUAGUACUUUACUUCAAUCGAAGAAUAAUAUUGUUCUUUCUCAACAACUUAUAAUAUAAUUAUCAAUAAGAGUUAGAGAAGGAACCUAAUAAAUUUGUAAAGAUAAUAAAUACUAAGGUCAAAAAUAUUGAAGCAGAAGCUGCUUAAUUUUAUAUUACAUUAUUACUCAAAAAUUAAACAAAGAAUGUGGCAAGGGAUAUAAAGAGUUUUUUAGAAUAAAAAACAACAGCUUGGGUUAGCAUUUUGAAGUUUUUAGAAGAAAAAAAAUGA